CAAUUGUUUUUUGUGUGGUGUCGGGAGCUGUGCUGAAGCUAUUGCAGAUAAAUCGAGCAUCGAAAUCGGGAACAAAUGGAUAAACAUCAGGACAGGAGCAUCAGGAAUUCAAUGCAGCCAGGCUCUCUCUCCGUCGCGACCAGGGGUUGGAGUAGAGCGACGUAACGCGCAGAGGGAAGCGGCAGAAGCGACGAGAGAAGGGCUGGCGACGAGGAGCUUGGAGGGCGAGACGGGAUUGGCGGCAGCGAGCGCGGCGACGAGAGGGUUGAGGGUGUUCGCCGGGGGUGGAGAGGGUGCGUGUCGGGGUAGCGAGAGGAGGGAUGCCAGGCCGCCCGCCGGUUCACCCUCACUAACCCGCGGCUCGCUCGACUCUUCAGUGCGGCCUGAACGGUUAACCGGCCUACUUCUCUCUCUCUCUUCCUUGCGCUCUCCGCCGUUUUGGUCCCGCGAAUCGCCGCUGGAGUUCUCGCCGUCGCGACAGCAUCAGCAUCAUCAUCAUCAGCAUCAGCGUCAUCGUCAUCGUCAUCGCCGGCACACCACCACCACCGUCACCGUCAACACCACCUGGAGGCUGGUGCCGUAUUCACCGAUCCGGAUGUGACAUCGCGCGAGAAGAGAUGUGAGAUAAGGAAUCCUCGCCAGGAAGGACUCCGCUUCUCUCUCUCUCUUUCCUUUUCCACCCUCUUUUUCUCUUUCUCACCCCUAUCCGUCUCUCUCUCUCUUUCCGUCUUCGCGAGAUCAAGCUCUCUCGCAGCCUCCGCGGCGGCUCGCCGCUGCGGAUAACCGGCCUAAGGGAUAGAAGAGGAGAGAGGGUGCUUUUUGUUCUUCUCCCGCUCGCGAGUGCAUUUUUCGAGAUCCCGAAGGGAGAGUGUCUCUCUCUCUCUUUUUUCCCCAUCUAUCUUUCUCUGUCUAUCUCCUUCUCGUCGACGCUGACGACGACGAACGGACGCUACCUCGCUCCAGAGGGAGAGACGAGACUGCGGGUCCGACUGACCCGCUCGCGUGUUUCCUGUACCUGCAACGGCGAAAUAUGCAAGCCGACAGCACUUGGCGUGUCUUCGGAAGACGAAGACCGACGAUGACGUAUGACGUUGGGGGCCGAGAACAAUUAGAGGAAAAGGAGAAAGAGGGACGAACGAUGCUUCACGAACGAAGAAUGUAGACGAAAAGGAGGGCAGGGCAAGAGAGCGAAUCUGCCUGUCGCGGAUUCGGAGGAGGACAUCGCCGCUGUCUGAAGUCUAAUCGAGCACCUUCCUCGCGUCUUCCUCGCUCCGAGCAGGCAGGAUGUCGAGAAAUCCUAAAAGUUCCUGGCGAACCGGCCCCGGCAGACUGGAGGCCCUGUUGACGCUGAGUCUGAUCCUGCUCCUCGUCCUGCAGCCGGAUCCUUGCCGAGGUUCGCCGUCUCAUCGCAGUAGGCACCACGAGCACGAGCUGCACGUCGCGCAGGAGGGUUCGUCGUCGUCGUCGUCGUCGUCGUCAUCGUCGUCGUCGUCGUCAUCGUCAUCGUCAUCGUCGUCGUCGUCGUUACGCGAUGAUUUCGACGUCAGGAGUUCCAGGAUCAGCGAGGAGCUACCGCGAGCGUCCGCCUUCACCGGCAACGAUCCGCUGGUCGUACGUACCAGAAAGGGCAUGAUCCGCGGUAAGACCCUGACCGCCACCACCGGCAAGGAGGUCGACGCCUGGUUCGGCAUCCCUUACGCCCAGAAACCUCUUGGUCCUUUGAGGUUUCGCCACCCGCGACCGGUCGAACGCUGGCCGGGCGUGCUGAACGCGACCUCGCUGCCGAACAGCUGCGUACAGAUCCUCGACACGGUGUUCGGCGACUUCUCCGGCGCCACCAUGUGGAAUCCGAACACGCCGCUGAGCGAGGACUGCCUUUACGUGAACGUGGUGGUGCCGCGGCCCAGGCCUACGAACGCCGCUGUCAUGGUAUGGAUAUUCGGUGGUGGCUUCUACUCCGGCUCGGCCACCCUCGACGUGUACGAUCACAAGACCCUGGUCUCGGAGGAGAACGUGAUCGUGGUGUCCAUGCAGUAUCGCGUGGCCAGUCUCGGCUUUCUGUACUUCGGCACGUCCGACGUGCCCGGUAACGCCGGUCUCUUCGACCAAAUGAUGGCCCUGCAGUGGGUGCGCGACAACAUCGCCGCUUUCGGUGGCAAUCCCGACAACGUCACGCUCUUCGGCGAGAGCGCGGGCGCGGUGUCCGUCUCCAUGCACCUCCUCUCGCCGCUUUCCAGGCACCUGUUCAACCAGGCCAUCAUGCAAUCGGGCUCGCCGACCACGCCGUGGGCGAUAAUCUCGCGCGAUGAAUCGAUCGUGCGCGGAAUCCGGCUGGCGGAGGCGGUCGGCUGUCCGCACGAUCGCGACAAUCUGCGGGAGGUGAUCGACUGCUUGCUGACGAAGGACGCGGAGGAGCUGGUGAAGAACGAGUGGGGCACUCUCGGGAUCUGCGAGUUCCCGUUCGUCCCGGUGAUCGACGGCGCGUUCCUCGACGAGACCCCGCAACGUUCCCUGGCGACCACGUCCUUCAAGAAGGCGAACAUCCUGAUGGGCUCCAACACCGAGGAGGGCUUCUACUUCAUCAUCUAUUAUCUCACGGAGCUGUUUCGCAUCGACGGCACCGAGGACGUGAAGGUCAGCCGCGAACAGUUCGUCAGCGCCGUGUCCGAGCUGAAUCCCUAUGUUAAUCAGAUCGGCCGGCACGCCAUCAUCUACGAGUACACAAACUGGCUGCACCCGGACGAUCCCGACGCGAAUCGCGACGCCAUCGACAAGAUCGUCGGCGACUAUCAGUUCACCUGCAACGUCAACGAGUUCGCCGGCCGUUACGCCGACACCGGCAACACCGUCUACAUGUACUACUUCAAACACAGAUCUAUGAACAAUCCGUGGCCGAGGUGGACUGGAGUUAUGCAUGCCGACGAGAUAAGCUAUAUUUUCGGGGAACCUUUGGACCCAUCCAAACGUUAUACGCAAGAGGAGAAGAAUCUUUCAAAGAGGAUGAUGAGAUACUGGGCGAACUUUGCAAAGUCGGGGGAUCCGAAUGUGGGCGACUCCUUACGUGAUACACAGUUGGCUUACUGGCCGCAGCACACCGCCGCUAAUAAAGAGUACCUGACCUUGGAUAUCAACAACACGGAGAUCGGUAGCGGACCCAGGGUGAGGCAGUGCGCCUUCUGGAAGAAGUACCUGCCGCAGCUGCUCGGCGCUACGUCGAAACUGGAGGUCGGGUCCAAGGAGACCUGCAGCGGCACCAGCCUCGCCGACUCCGGCGCGACCCGGCUACUCCUGAUCUUGAGCCUGUUAUUGACCGGCCUCACUACUCUGCCUCACAUCCAGCACGACGUCAGAGGUAUCGUCUAGCUCCCGGCCGCCGGAGCCGCCGUCCUAGCCCCGUCGAGCAUCAGCAGCAGCAGCAGCAACAGCCCGUUUUCUCCCUGAAGAAGAAGAAGAGGACGAACUCGCGCGAGCGAGCGGACGGAGGAAGAAAGGCGCGAAAGAACGAACGAGGAAUGAUCGGGAAGACGACGGCACCGCGCGAGAAACAGACAUAUCAAGUAGUAGACGAGUGCUCGAUCGCCGGGGGAUCGACGAUGAAUUCGAUAAACAAACACGCCCGCGUCUGUGAGAGAGAAAGAGAGAAAACUAUGGGGAGAGAUCCUUCUGAGAACCCGGUGGAAUCGAUGAGCUCGAGGCUCUUCUUCAGGAUCUCGAACGGGGAUCGAAGGAGCCUCGGAAAAAUAGGGUAAGAGAGAGAGGAAAUUAAAGGAAGAGGGUCACCGAUUCCUUACAUGGGCGUCCGCAGGAUUUUUUUCCAGGAUGGGGCAUAAUUAAAUUU